UGGCUUGCAGUGGAGGGGGCGUAGCCUGAGGAGGCGGCAAACAGGGCGUGAAUGGCCCUCUCUUCCUCGAGUGCGGAAUUUUUUUCCGUCACGUCGGCGGCAGCAGCAACAGCGGUAGUGGAAGCAAGAUGGCGCCGGCGGCAGCUACUGCGAGCGGGGAGCGGGGAUUGAAGAGCCUGGUGUGGCAGAAGCUGAAAACAUCAGUAUUUGAUGACUGCAGAAAAGAAGAAGAAUGGAAGAUAAUUCUUCUAGAUGACUUUACCACAAAGCUUCUAUCAUCAUGUGGUAAAAUGACAGACUUAUUAGCAGAAGGGAUCACUGUUGUGGAGAAUGUUUACAAAAACCGUGAGCCAGUCCCUCACAUGAAAGCCAUUUAUCUUAUCACACCUACAACACAGUCUGUAGAUGGUCUUAUAAAUGACUUUGUAAGUAAAUCAUCCAGCAAGUACAAAGCAGCAUAUGUUUACUUUACCGACUUUUGUGAUGACAAGCUUUUCAACAGAAUGAAAUCAUCUUGCUCAAAAGCUAUAAGGCGGUGCAAAGAAAUAAAUAUAAACUUUUUCCCAUAUGAAUCACAGGUCUUUACUCUUGAUGUUCCAAACGCAUUCUAUCACUGUUACAGUCCCAUUGUGGAGAAGGCGAAUGAGACUGUAAUGGAACAAAUAGCUGAUCAAAUUGUUACUUUAUGUGCUACGCUAGAAGAAAACCCAGGUGUGAGGUACAAGAGCAAGCCUUUGGAUAAUGCUAGCAAACUUGCACAACUAGUUGAGAAAAAGCUUGAAAAUUAUUACAAAAUGGAUGAACGAGGCAAAGUGAAGGGCAAAACCCACUCCCAGCUAUUAAUUAUUGAUCGUGGCUUUGAUCCAGUAUCAACUGUGCUUCAUGAACUCACCUUUCAAGCAAUGGCCUAUGAUCUGCUACCAAUUGAAAAUGAUACAUACAAGUAUAAAACGGAAGAUGCAAGUGGGAAAGAAAGGGAAGCCAUCCUAGAGGAAGAUGAUGACCUCUGGGUGAAAAUUCGACAUAAGCAUAUUGCAGAUGUAUUGGAGGAGAUACCCAAACUUAUGAAAGAAGUUUCUUCAAAAAGGAAGGCAACAGAAGGGAAGCAAACUUUAAGUAAUCUGGCUCAACUCAUGAAAAAAAUGCCAUACUUCCGCAAACAGAUUACAAAGCAGGUAGUGCACCUGAACAUAGCAGAAGAUUGCAUGAAUAAGUUUAAGAAUAAUGUAGAAAAGCUGUGCAAAGUUGAACAGGAUUUGGCUCUAGGAGCAGAUGCGGAGGGGCAGAGAGUGAGAGACUCCAUGCAGGUCCUUCUUCCAGUGCUCCUCAACAAAAACCAUGACAGCUAUGAUAAGAUCAGAGCCAUCCUUCUCUAUAUCUUCAGCACAAAUGGAACUACUCAAGAGACCUUGGACAAGCUGAUCCAAAAAGUACAGAUAGAAAAUGAUAGCGACAUGAUCAAAAAUUGGAAGCACCUUGGUGUACCUAUUCUCACCACAUCCACAUCACAACAACGCAAAUCAUCCAGGAGGAAUCGCUCUUCAGAAGAAACAUAUCAGCUUUCUAGAUGGACACCAAUGAUUAAGGAUGUCAUGGAGGACACUAUAGAAAAUAAGCUUGAUUCAAAAGAGUGGCCUUAUUGUUCUCAGUGUCCUGCGCCCUGGAAUGGUUCAGGAGCUGUGAGCGCUCGUAACAAACCCAAAACUAGUCACUUGGAUGAGCGGAAGAGUGGAUCAAAGCUGAUUGUAUUUGUCAUUGGAGGCAUUACAUAUUCUGAGAUGCGCUGUGCAUAUGAAGUUUCACAAGCCUACAAGUCCUGUGAAGUUAUUAUUGGUUCCACUCACAUCAUCACACCUAGACGACUACUGGAUGAUAUAAAAGCACUUACUGUACCAAAAUCUAAGGAUACUGUGUAUUUUAAGAAUGAAUAGAAGCGAUGAUCCUCAAAGGUUUUUGGUUGAGCUUAACAAAGAUAUAAAGAAUACAUAAUAUAAAUAUGGACACAAUCAAACCCAAGUUAAUAUUAAGUUCCAUUGAUUUCAGGGGGAGAAAUGUUAAAUAUCUUUGUAUUCUACAUUGGAAUCAAUGGGAUUUAUGCAUUUAGCGUGACCUGGUUUGUGUCCUGUGUACAUAUUUUAUAAAUUAGUGUUAUAUUUGGGACUCGUUUUAUAAUUUGAAAUCUGCUGCUUUUUGUUGGGGGAGGAGAUAAAAAUGUGUAAAAGUGGAGAAAUUAUGUAACAACUUGUGUUUUUAUAUUAAUGUAGUGGUUAUAGGUGGCAUUUUGCUGUGAAGUGUUCAGUGUAGAGAAUGUUCACUAAGGAACGCAGUAUGCUAGAACUUGGAAAAAAAUGUCUGUAUAUAUGCUAAUGACUUUUCGGUAAUAAUGUGCAAACUUUCUAUCUUGGAAUCAUGUUUAUUUCUAAACGUACUGUUAUAAAAGGCCCAUCAAUUUAAGUAUCAAAGAAAUGUAAAUAAAAAUGUAUAGCACAAUUUCACAACUGCAGGAUGUUAAAUUACAAUAUGUAAGAAUUCCCUGAAGAAAACUUGCAAUGAGGUACAAGAUAUAAGGUUAAUGUCUUCCAGAGAAAAUAGAAGAGAAAAAUAAUGAUUGUGUGUUUGGAACUGCAUGGAUCUUUCUGUGGUAUUUGGGUAAAGGUAAUCAUGAAAGUACUAAACAUUUUACCAUCAAUAAAGAACUUUGAAGAA